GGAAGUAAAUACGGGACGAGCGUUCGCAGCGGAGCAGUAUUAUUUGUGUGUGUUUUCAUUUGUAGAAGAGUAUAAAAUGGACCGGUUUUCAUGGUCAAAUGGCCUCUUAGAAAUCAACGAAACUUUGGUGAUACAACAAAGAGGUGUCAGACUGUAUGACGGUGAUGAUAAGGCGAAAUUGGAUGUUGGAGUCGCCUUAUUGAGCACCCAUCGGUUGAUCUGGAGGGAUGGAAAGAAUCACGAAUGCUGCAUGGCCAUGCCCCUAUCUCAGAUUAUUUUUUUUGAGGAGCAGGCUGGAGGAAUAGGAAAGAGUGCAAAAAUUGUUAUCCACCUUCAUCCAUCGCCUGCAAACAAGGAGCCGGGUCCAUACCAGAACAGCAAGUACUCCCACAUCAAGCUGUCUUUUAAAGAACAUGGGCAGAUUGAGUUUUACAGGAGACUAACAGAAGAGAUGACCCAGAAAAGGUGGGAAAAUACCCCAGUGUCACAGCCCAUCUCAACAGGAACUGGGCCUCAGGCAGGAAGGAUACGCGCAGUGGGGAUUGUUGGCAUUGAGAGAAAGAUAGAGGAGAAACGGAAAGAAACAGACAAGAAUAUUUCUGAGGCCUUUGAAGACCUAAGUAAGCUGAUGGUGAAGGCCAAAGAGAUGGUGGAGCUGUCCAGAUCUAUUGCCAACAAGAUCAAAGACAAGCAGGGAGAUAUAACAGAGGACGAGACAAUCCGCUUUAAGUCUUACCUCUUGAGCAUGGGCAUCGCUGACCCUGUUACGAGGGAAACGCACGGAUCGGGUACGCAUUAUCACAUGCAGCUGGCUAAACAACUGGGAGAUAUGCUGCUGGCUCCUCUAGAGGAGCGUGGAGGUAUGAUGGCUCUCACAGAGGUGUAUUGUCUCGUCAACCGUGCCAGAGGGAUGGAGCUUUUAUCUCCUGAAGAUUUGUUAAACGCGUGCAAGAUGUUUGAGUCCUUGAAACUCCCCCUGAGGCUGCGUGUGUUUGACAGUGGUGUGAUGGUGGUCCAGCUGCAGUCUCACAGUGAAGAGGAAAUGAUAGCCUCAGCUUUGGACAAUGUGACAGAAAAAGGCUCCCUAACAGCCGAGGAGUUUGCGAAGCUCUUGGGUCUCUCUGUUCUUCUGUCUAAGGAGCGGUUGUUGCUUGCCGAGAAGAUGGGCCACCUUUGCAGGGAUGACUCUGUUGAGGGUUUAAGAUUUUACCCAAACUGUUUUUGAUCUGUUUACAGACAUGUUAAGGUAGCACUUUCCACAAAUACAGGAUGCAUAAAAACUGUCCAUAAUAAAGUCAAUCUGGUGAUGACAUCUGUCUGAUUGUGUGGGUCCUCUUGCUCUCAAUUUUUUUGAUAACCUUAUCUAUGCGGCAUAGUACCUGCCUUAACAAUCACGUUCUAGUUCUAUAAAUUGCUUGUAAAUAAUAAGGUUAAGAGAUUCUACGCCCAUUCUACUUGGGAGAAUGGUCAUUGUAGUGUAAUGAAAAUUGGGAUUCGUAAAAUAUACUUAAUGCUCUGUGGAUUUUUUUUUUUAAAUGUAUGUUUUACUUUUUCUUGAACACCUAUCUAGAGGCUUAUUUAAAACUAGCAAACUGUUUUGAAAGGCUCACCGCCUCUAGGGUUUGACUACAUUGUUCCAAAGUCAACCACAUGUUUCUAUAUUAAAUGGUUGGAAACUUU